AUGUCCGAGUCAAGACCGCUCUUCAACACCUCUACUGUUUCCACAACGCUUGACAACCUCCUCAUAAGAAGCUGGAUAGUCCCAGGCCUUGUGGCAGUCAUCCUUGCAGGGCGUCUGCUUCUCUCCCUUUAUUCCACUUGGCGCCAUUCCCAGAAAGCUCGCAGUUUAGGCUGUGAAGAAUCCCCUCUAUACCCAUGCAAGGACCCUUUCGGUAUUUCCACCCUGCUCGAGACACUUGGCGCAGCAAGAGAGAAGCUCCUUCCUCAACUAGCAGAGAGAAGGGUGGCGUUCCUAUCCCGUCAGCACGACAGAUACGUUUCUACAUUUCGUAUGUGCCAGGCUGGUCGAGAGAACUUGUUCACGGCAGAUCCCAAAAACAUCCAGGCUAUGCUGGCGACCCAGUUCAAUGAUUUCGGUUUGGGUGAUACACGUCGUAAUGUAGCUUAUCCUGUUGUUGGUAGUGGAAUUUUUACUACUGAUGGCGAGAGUUGGUCGCAUUCUCGAUCACUGCUACGGCCUCAGUUUACGCGAGACCAGAUGAGCAACCUUGACAGGGAAGAACGUCAUGUUUCCAAUGCGUUGCGUGCAAUCCCGAUGCUAUCUGACGGCUGGUCCACCGCAGUGGAUAUCCAAGCCAUCUUCUUUCGUCUAACCCUUGACUCGGCCACAGAGUUCCUCUUCGGUGAAAGCUGUGAUAGCCAGAUUGCUGCAACUCAACAGGAAACGGGACAAGCCUCUGAUGAUACUUUUCUCUACGGGUUUGACCGGUGUAUGUGGUAUCUCGCGGAGCGACUCCGGUUUGAGCGACUCUACUGGGUCAUCUACAAUCAGGAGUUUCGGAAGUGCAUCAAAAUCGUUCACUCCUUUGUGGACCGGUAUGUUCACUCUGCCCUGGCGCAGGCUCAGCAACAGGAAGAGAAAUUCCAGGGCAACGAAAAGGUUCCAUCACAGUAUAUAUUCCUCGAAGCCCUGACUAGUACUACGAAAGACCCCGUCAGGUUGCGCGAUGAAUCUCUAAACGUGCUCCUAGCAGGCCGUGACACAACGGCUUCUCUACUGAGCUGGGCGAUCCUCCUUCUCGCACGGAACUCACACAUCUUCGCAAGACUUCGAAGCGAUAUUCUCGAGCAAUUCGGUACUUACGAUCAGCCACGCGACAUGAACUUCGCGUCCUUGAAAUCAUGCCAGUACCUCCGGCAUUUCCUCAACGAGAUCCUUCGUCUCUACCCGGUAGUACCCUUCAACCGCCGUUGUGCAACAAAGGAUACUACGCUCCCUCGCGGCGGUGGGAAAGACGGCAAUUCCCCGAUCUUCAUCCGCAAGGGACGUACAGUGAUGUACGGCACUUACGUUCUACACCGCCGAAAAGACAUCUGGGGCGAGGAUGCUGAAAUCUUCAAUCCGGAUCGGUGGGUCGGCCGGAAGGUCACCUGGGAGUAUAUUCCGUUCAAUGGGGGACCCAGAACAUGCAUUGGUCAGCAGUUCGCUUUGAUGAGGUCUAGUUAUGUUCUAGUGAGAUUAUUGCAGAGGUUUGAUAAGAUUGAGGAUGUGCACCCCGAGUCGGAGAUUCGUUAUGGUGUUUCGCUAACUUCUUGUCCGGCUGAUCCGGUGACUGUAAGAUUGCAUCUGGCUUAG